AACGCAACUUUUGUAGUGACGCAAACAUUUUUCCCAUUCACUGUCUGGGAGUUUUAUGGCAGUGACUGUGAAGCUAUACACUACUUUUCUAGUUCUUGUCACUCACCAGCUGGUGGACACUGUAAGAUGAGGAACAUGACUUUCCGGAGGUUGAAGAAGCAUAAUUCCAAUAGAACGGCUCCCCCGGACAGCGCCGAGAUGCAUUUUCCCCCUUCCAGAACAGACAAUUGCAAAACCUUGGUCUCCCUCAAGAAUUCAUCGGAUGUUUACAAUUACAAGACUCUGGCGUAUUCUGGGGAAACGUUGCCCCGACACCACAGAAAAGGUGGGUCGCAGACAUGGAAGUCACCUGAGCAACAGAGGAAAGUCAUUGUCCUGGAGAAGAAGGAUGGGGAGACAUUCGGCUUUGAGAUCCAGACCUAUGGGCUCCACCAGGAGACCCAGGCAUCCGUGGAGAUGUGUACGUUCGUCUGCGAGGUCCGUGCGGACAGUCCGGCCCACCGAGCAGGCCUUCGAGAUGGUGACACCAUCUCAAGUGUCAAUGAGACCAGCGUUGAAGGGUUUCAACACACGGAAAUUGUUCAGCUGAUACGGUCCUCAGGAAACACCAUCAAGCUGGAGACAGUGUACAGUGACUCCAUACGCAGAGCAGAACUGGAGGCCAAGCUACAGUACCUAAAGCAAACCCUGCAUGAAAAGUGGGAUGAAUAUGAGAUUCUGAUGAGGAGAGAAGAGAGACUAGUGCACGGUAUGCGGGUAAAUGAAGCGGCACUGUACAAGUCCCUGGAGUCCGCCAAGGCUUUAGUGUAUGGCAGCCUGCAUGAACUGAGCCCUGCCCCCAGCCCCACCCCCAGCCACCCUGCCCACUGUACCAUGAGUGCCAGUGGCCAGCCAAACGUGCCUGUCAAGGAUGGCCCACUUGCCCACACCCUCUCUCACCAGGGCGACCACACCAACAAUUCCUCCAAUGGCUCCACAGAGAGGCAGCGGCAGAGGGUCAUCCGCACAGCCAGCGACCUCCUCACCACUGCCAAGACACACCUAACCCGCAGCGCCAGUACUCGCAGCUACCUGAAGGGGGCGACAAGGGACAGCAUUUGGGAGAAGCCGGAAGGCAGCGGCCAGGAUAGCUACAGAUCCCUACCCCAUAAGGCCAAGCAGAACAGUAUCUGCAGGCACCUGCUCAAGUUCCUGCCAGGACUACAACGCCCCCUAGAGGAGGAGGAAAGCAAGCCAUAACAAGGUUCAGGAUUUGCGGGCUUUAAACCAGAUGGCUUGCAAGUAGCUUUUUGCAGUGUGUAUGCCAUUACUUUUUCUUUUCACUUAUUUAAGUUAUUUAAAGUUAUUUAUUUUGACUUUUGUAUAUG